GGAGCCACUGUUUUGCAAACAUAGCAUCAACAUAGAAGUUAUUCCGUAGGCUGCAGGAUGCAGCGAUGGGCUGCACUGCCAGCAUUGUUCUGCUACAAGCUUUUCGUUCUGUGGUCCAGAGGAGCUGUCCACACAUUUGUAGCCGACGCCAGGAGGAACCAUCCCACGAAAUUCUGCCUCUGGAAAGUGACGAUGAAAUGAGCAGACCCAGAACCCUCAUCAUAAUGCAAGAAAAACCCAGGCUUCCCGAGCCUUUGGAUUAUGAAACUAUCAUUGAAGAACUUGAAAAGACGUAUCAGAAUGAUCCCCUUCGAGAUCUCCUCUUCUUCCCCAGUGACGACUUCUCGACGGCCACAGUUUCGUGGGAUAUCCGAACGUUGUACUCAACAGUACCUGAAGAUGCAGAGCACAAAGCAGAAAGUUUACUGGUGAAAGAGGCUUGUAAAUUUUACAGUUCCCAGUGGUACGUGGUAAACUACAAAUAUGAACAAUAUUCUGGAGAUAUUCGACAGUUACCUGGAGCAGAGUACAAGCCAGAGAAACUUCCUUCACAUUCCUUUGAGGUUGACCAUGAAGAUGCUGAUAAGGAUGAAGAUACCACCUCCCACUCGUCUUCCAAGGGCGGUGGUGGAGCGGGAGGAACUGGAGUUUUCAAGUCUGGCUGGCUCUACAAGGGGAAUUUCAACAGCACCGUGAACAAUACCAUUACUGUGCGGUCAUUCAAAAAGCGCUACUUUCAGCUGACUCAGUUGCCUGAUAGCUCCUACAUCAUGAAUUUUUACAAAGAUGAAAAAAUAUCCAAAGAACCCAAAGGCUGCAUCUUUUUGGAUUCCUGUACAGGCGUGGUGCAGAAUAACAGACUAAGAAAAUAUGCCUUUGAAUUGAAAAUGAAUGACCUGACCUAUUUUGUGCUGGCGGCUGAAACGGAGUCCGAUAUGGAUGAAUGGAUCCACACCCUCAACCGCAUCCUGCAAAUCAGCCCUGAGGGACCCCUUCAGGGUCGGAGGAGCACAGAGCUCACCGAACUGGGGCUGGAUUCGCUGGAUAAUUCUAUCACAUGUGAAUGCACACCAGAGGAAACAGAUUCUUCAGAGAACAGCCUACAUCCAGACUUCACAAAAUACCUCACAGAAACUGAAGAGACUGUCAAAGCCACUCGAAACCUGGAGAGGCUAAAUCUCUUCUCCAUGGAUCCAGAUAUAGAAACCUUGAAACUUCAGAAAAAGAAUCUUUUAGAACCCGAGUCAGUGAUUAAACCAUUUGAAGAAAAAGCUGCCAAGAGAAUCAUGAUCAUUUGUAAAGCUCUCAACUUCAGUCUUCAGGGAUGUGUUACAGAGAAUGAAAACGAUCCGAUAACGAAUGUUGAGCCUUUUUUCGUGAGUGUGGCCCUUUACGACCUCAGAGACAGCAGGAAGAUUUCAGCUGAUUUCCAUGUGGACCUGAACCACUCGGCUGUCAGGCAGAUGCUCUCAGGGGCCUCCGUGACGCUGGAAAAUGGGAACAUAGACACUGUCACCCCGCGGCAAUUGGAAGAACCUCAUGUCAAGGGGUUUCCAGAGGAAUGGCUGAAAUUUCCAAAGCAGGCCAUAUUCUCCGUAAGCAAUCCACAUUCUGACAUUGUUUUGGUGGCCAAAGUCGAGAAAGUAUUAAUGGGAAACAUUGCAAGUGGUGCAGAACCUUACAUUAAGAAUCCAGACUCCAACAAGUGUGCACAAAAGAUACUCAAAUCCAAUAGGCAGUUCUGCAGCAAGUUGGGGAAAUACCGCAUGCCUUUCGCUUGGGCAAUGAGAUCAGUAUUUAAGGACAACCAGGGAAAUGUGGACAGAGACUCAAGAUUUUCACCAUUAUAUAGACAAGAAAGUAGCAAGAUUUCAACCGAGGACCUACUUAAACUAGUGUCAGAUUAUAGAAGGGCUGACAGAAUAAGCAAAAUGCAGACCAUUCCUGGAAGCCUGGAUAUUGCUGUUGACAACAUUCCUUUGGAGCAUCCAAACUGUGUAACAUCGUCCUUUAUCCCUGUCAAGCCUUUCAAUGUGAUGGCUCAACCAGAACCCACAGUGGAGGUGGAAGAGUUUGUUUACGACUCAACAAAGUAUUGCCGUCCUUAUAGAGUAUACAAAAAUCAAAUGUAUAUUUAUCCUAAGCACCUCAAGUAUGACAGCCAGAAAUGUUUCAACAAGGCACGAAAUAUAACCGUGUGCAUUGAAUUCAAAAAUUCAGAUGAAGAAGGUGCCAAGCCCGUGAAGUGUAUUUAUGGAAAACCUGGAGGGCCCCUCUUCACCUCAGCCGCCUACACAGCAGUUCUGCACCAUUCCCAGAAUCCGGAUUUCUCAGACGAGGUGAAAAUUGAGCUGCCAACACAACUCCAUGAGAAACACCAUAUUCUGUUUUCUUUUUAUCAUGUCACUUGUGACAUAAAUGCAAAAGCAAAUGCCAAAAAGAAGGAGGCUCUGGAAACAUCAGUUGGAUAUGCGUGGCUUCCUCUGAUGAAACAUGAUCAGAUAGCUUCUCAAGAGUACAAUAUCCCAAUAGCUACAAGCCUGCCUCCUAAUUAUUUACGCUUUCAAGAUUCUGCAAGUGGAAAGCAGGGCGGGAGUGACAUGAAAUGGGUUGAUGGUGGGAAACCACUUUUCAAAGUCUCGACAUUUGUUGUCUCAACAGUGAAUACUCAGGAUCCAUAUGUGAAUGCAUUUUUCCGAGAGUGCCAAAAAAGGGAGAAAGAUAUGUCUCAGUCACCUACCUCAAAUUUUGUCCGCUCUUGUAAGAACUUAUUGAAUGUGGAAAAGAUUCAUGCGAUCAUGAGUUUUCUGCCUAUAAUCUUGAACCAGCUCUUCAAGGUUUUGGUCCAGAAUGAGGAAGAUGAAAUAAGUACAACUGUGACCAGGGUUCUGACUGACAUCGUCGCCAAGUGCCACGAGGAACAAUUGGACUACGCUGUCCAGUCAUACAUUAAGUUCGUGUUCAAGACCAGGGCAUGCAAAGAGAGAACAAUACAUGAGGAACUGGCUAAAAAUGUGACUGGUCUUUUGAAAUCAAAUGACUCAACAACAAUUAAACAUGUCUUAAAGCAUUCCUGGUUCUUCUUUGCAAUUAUUCUGAAAUCCAUGGCACAACACUUGAUUGACACAAAUAAAAUUCAGCUUUCUCGGGCUGAAAGAUUUCCUGAAUCAUACCAAAAUGAAUUGGACAAUCUGGUCAUGGUCCUAGCUGAUCACAUGAUUUGGAAAUAUAAAGACGCCCUUGAAGAAACAAGAAGGGCCAACCACAGUAUCGCCAGGUUUCUUAAGCGCUGCUUUACGUUUAUGGACCGGGGCUUUGUGUUUAAGAUGGUCAACAAUUACAUCAGCAUGUUCUCCUCUGGUGAACUCAAGACUUUAUGCCAGUAUAAAUUUGAUUUCCUUCAAGAAGUGUGCCAGCAUGAGCACUUUAUCCCUUUGUGUCUCCCCAUAAGAUCAGCAAACAUCCCAGAUCCUUUGACACCUUCAGAAUCAACUCAAGAGUUGCAUGCAUCAGGUUUAAACUAUGAAAAGUUGGAUGUGCUGAAUAAAGUCGACACUAAACAGAAUGAAUAUAUCAAGAAAGUCCUGCAGAGACAACUCCAACAAUCUGAAUGUCAAAAUUCAUUAAUGAAAAGAGUCUUCGAUACCUACAUGCUCUUUUUCCAAGUCAACCAGUCAGCCACAGCGCUAAAGCAUGUGUUUGCAUCCCUCAGACUGUUUGUAUGCAAGUUUCCUUCAGCGUUCUUCCAAGGGCCUGCCGACCUGUGUGGAUCCUUCUGCUAUGAAGUCCUAAAGUGCUGUAACCACAGGUCACGGUCAACUCAGACAGAAGCGUCAGCACUUCUGUACUUUUUCAUGAGGAAGAAUUUUGAAUUUAACAAGCAGAAGUCAAUUGUCCGAUCCCACUUACAACUCAUCAAGGCCGUAAGCCAGUUAAUAGCUGACGCUGGGAUUGGAGGCUCUCGGUUUCAACAUUCCCUUGCAAUUACCAAUAAUUUUGCUAAUGGAGACAAACAAAUGAAAAACAGCAAUUUCCCAGCAGAGGUGAAAGACCUGACUAAACGUAUAAGGACUGUUUUGAUGGCCACAGCUCAGAUGAAGGAGCAUGAGAAGGACCCCGAGAUGCUGGUGGAUCUCCAGUACAGCCUGGCAAACUCCUAUGCGAGCACCCCUGAGCUACGGAGGACCUGGUUGGAAAGCAUGGCCAAGAUUCACGCUCGAAACGGAGACUUGUCUGAGGCUGCUAUGUGCUACAUCCAUAUAGCCGCCCUCAUUGCAGAAUACCUGAAAAGAAAGGGUUACUGGAAAACGGAAAAGAUUUGCACACCAUCCCUGCUCAUGGAGGAUAUGCACCCCUGCGAUAGCAACCCAUUACUAACCAGUCCCGGUGGAGGAAGCAUGUUCUCUAUGGGCUGGCCAGCUUUUCUGAGCAUUACCCCAAAUAUUAAAGAAGAAGGAGCAAUGAAAGAAGAUUCGGGAAUGCAAGACACGCCAUACAAUGAGCAUGUCCUGGUGGAGCAGCUAUACAUGUGUGUGGAGUUUCUCUGGAAGUCUGAGAGAUACGAACUCAUCGCCGAUGUCAACAAGCCCAUCAUUGCUGUCUUUGAGAAGCAGAGAGACUUCAAAAAAUUAUCGGAUCUUUACUACGACAUUCACCGGUCCUAUCUGAAAGUUGCGGAGGUGGUGAAUUCAGAGAAGCGACUGUUUGGUCGGUACUACCGCGUGGCAUUUUAUGGGCAGGGUUUUUUUGAAGAAGAAGAAGGUAAAGAGUAUAUUUAUAAAGAGCCUAAGCUGACAGGUCUAUCAGAGAUUUCCCAAAGACUGCUCAAGCUGUAUGCAGAUAAAUUCGGAGCAGACAAUGUGAAGAUAAUACAGGAUUCCAACAAGGUAAACCCGAAGGAUUUGGACCCCAAAUAUGCCUAUAUCCAGGUGACCUAUGUGACACCAUUCUUUGAAGAAAAGGAAAUAGAGGACCGGAAGACGGAUUUUGAAAUGCAUCACAACAUCAACCGCUUUGUGUUUGAGACACCCUUCACGCUGUCGGGCAAGAAGCACGGUGGUGUGGAGGAGCAGUGCAAGCGCAGGACCAUCCUGACAACCAGCCACUUGUUUCCCUAUGUGAAGAAGAGAAUCCAAGUCAUAAGCCAGUCGAGCACAGAACUGAAUCCUAUUGAAGUGGCAAUCGACGAGAUGUCCAAGAAAGUCUCUGAGCUUAACCAGCUCUGCACAAUGGAAGAGGUGGACAUGAUCCGACUGCAGCUCAAACUCCAAGGAAGUGUCAGCGUGAAGGUUAAUGCAGGGCCCAUGGCCUAUGCACGAGCUUUUCUUGAAGAAACCAAAGCAAAGAAAUACCCUGACAACCAAGUAAAGCUUUUGAAGGAAAUCUUCAGGCAAUUUGCAGAUGCAUGUGGGCAGGCCCUGGACGUGAAUGAGCGCCUCAUCAAGGAAGACCAGCUGGAGUACCAGGAAGAACUGCGGUCCCAUUAUAAGGACAUGCUCAGCGAACUCUCCGUAAUCAUGAAUGAGCAGAUUAUGUGCAGGGACGAGUCAUCAAAAUGCGGAGUGGAGCGAACCUUUUCUCGAAUACUUAGCAAGAGGACCCCAGUUCUGCCCACGGUCUCCAUCUCAGCUAGUGCGGACGUGUGAGCAAAGGUCUGCAGCAUCAGACGCACCUCUGAAGGGACUUUCUGAACUUGCAGCUAAUCUCGGGGAAGAGAAGAUAGAUUUAAUUUAUUUGAAGUUUUUAUGUUAAUAUUUUUUUACCUCGCUAGCUUAAGAAUUUUGCCAGUCUCUGAAUUUGCACAUUUCGUAUGAUUCUUUUUCCUUUGAGCAGCGUUAAACAAGCCAAGCUGAAUAUUUGCCAUUCCAAUGAACGUGCAGCUCAAAAGCAAACCCUAAGUUUGCUGUCAGUUACAAUAUGUUCAAUACCAAGUCCUAGUACACAUAUUUUAAAGGUCAAGGUGAAUGUUUUUGUAACAUUUAAGCAUAUUUCAAAUGUAAAUAGGAGAUUGUAAAAUAUAUGGUUUUUACCAAAAUUAAAAGAACCUUUUUGGUUGAUACUUAUGAUGUGCUAAAAAUUAUAUGGAUAACAUUUCAGAUACCAUUAUAUUAAAAUAUUUGUGUAUGUGUACAAAAGUGUUGAUAAAUACUAAUCUUUAAAGUUUGUGGAGUUCCUUUAUUUGUAAUAUAUGUGCUCUUAAAUGCAAUGGGCUGUGAAAUUAUGGAAGUAUUUUGUUGUUAAUAGAAAUAAAAAUACAGUUCCUUUGCA